UCUGUCAUAAAAAUAUGACCAAAAAAAAACUGUACGCGGUAGUUUAUCGUCGCGCUCAAAAAUAAUGUUUUUUAAUUUCAUUUUGAAUUGAAUUUUAUCAAUAAAUUUUUAUUAAAUUGACCGUUGACGGAAUACAUUAAAUAGACUGAAAUUACAAUUAGAAUUCGUUCGAUACAAAAAUGCAUAAGAAAACGUCGAUUUGUGAUUUGUUCGUUAAGCGCCAAAUGGGAAUUUUCACCAAAAGAGAUUUUGACGACCUGAAGAAUAAGGCAUCCUUUCUCGCUGAUAGACAAAUUGUACGAAAUCAACAUAUCAAGAAUGUUCGAAACAUAACAGCAAAUGAGCGAUCAAGCUACGUGAUUGAUAGUUCUGUGAAUGGCUUGGCUAUAACAUCUCAUACGAAUCGUUGUGUCAGUGUCAUUGAUACAGCCAACAUGGAAAAAGUCAGGGAAAUCAAACGAAACAAGCGCACAAUUUGGACGGUUGCAAUACAUCCCUAUGAUUCGAGCUUAAUAGCUACGGGCAGUUUGGAUGGAAACGUGUCGAUUUAUAAGAAUUUUAAAUUGCACAGGAGUCACAACAAUAACACAUUUUUGCCGAUCGGAACGAUUACGUCGAUCUCGUUUCAUCCCACCUACGAUAUGGUUUGCUAUGCUAUACAUCACAAGAUUUUCUUAUGGUUCUGGGAACAGGAUGUAAAGCAGUCAUUGAAUGCGGAUAAGAAGCUCAAAAUCAAGUACGCCAAAUUUAAUCCGGUGAAUAAAAUGCUAAUAACGGGAAUAUUGCAUGAGAACGGAGACAAAGUGGACUACAAUAUGGAUCAUCUGAUUAACGACAAUACUGCACAAUCAGCAACGUACUUCCUGAUUGAACUGUUCAAUGUUUUCAAUUUGAUUUUGGACAAUAUCGAGUUCGUGGAUUCCGUAAACAUUGGCCAGUGCUGGAACGAAAUUUUUACGAAAAUUGUCCGGUUUGCGAAUCUCGUGGAAUUGCGUAAAGUCAUUCAGCUGAAACAGAAAGGCGAAUCUCGCAUCAAUUACCUGCAGGACUUUCGGGCAUCGCUAUUGAUUUUCAAACGGAAACUCAUCGCAAUCGAACAAAGUAUCGACAAUUAUGAUGGGUUAAUACGAUCUCUCAAUACAACCGAUAUUGACGCUGAACUAUCAGCAUUACGUAGCAUUAGCAGUAGAUAUUACAGCGAAACUGUGUUGCUUAAAAACAGAAGUGAUAUUGACCUAGACAUUCUAGAAGACGUUUUUAGGAAAAUUAAUGACAUUGUGAUACUAUACCAGCACGAUCUUCAGUAUUUCGAUCAGGGAAGACUUUUUUCGGCCUUCUCGCGGUAUCAGUGUAAGCUUCAAGUGUGGGACUUUGACCUGACAAAUUAUCCGGACUUGAAGCAAAGUUGGCGAAAUGCAAUCACCUACUGUUCGCUGCACAACGAUUCAACGGUGGACAUAUCACGGGAUGGCAAAAUUAUCGUUUCAUUCCGUGAACUGGCUAGCGGAUGUUAUUUAAUUGCUGCCUUCAGCCUGGAUAAAGCCAGUCUGGGCGAAGCGGUGUACACGCACAAAAUCAACAAAUUGGCCGCCAUUAUGUCGGUGUCGAUGUCACCGUCAAUGGAAUACAUACUGGUCGGCGUUCGAUCGGAUCGUGUCUAUGGAUAUUUUUUACAAAUCAGUCAAAAGCAAAAGGAAAUGACAAAAUUCGAGUUGUAUGAUACGGACAGCAGCGAUUCGAUCAGCUAUUUGAAGUGGAUGAGUCGACCGGGUGACGGCAUUAUUAUCGGUUACAAUUCCUUUUAUUUGCGUUUUAUCAGACACUUUUGAUGGAAUAAACAAUUUUACGGUAGAAAUUUU